GUGUUGUUUCCGCUAACCCAAGUAGUUAUCCAACAAUGACGGUGCUCGGUCAUCAUAAACUAAGUAGCAUUAAGUCGAUGAAAUUGUUUAUCUGCUUCAUUGGAGUAUCAUCUUUCCUGCUACUUAUAUUCUGUCUCUACACAACGAUAAGCACCCCGGAUAAGGAAGUAGCACCCCUUUCGCUGCCCAACGAUGGCUACCAAAACGUCGUAUCGUACGAGCUGUGGCGUAGCCAGACGAUCGUCCCGGAGAAGUACAACGAGCACCAGGUGAAGGCGCGCAUCAUCCGGGACAAAAUCAAGCGACUAGUGGCCAACAACCAGCAAACGGGUACGGGAGUACCACCAUCCGAGCAUCGCAACAGAACGUUCCCAAAGAAUCGUAACGUACAGAUAUUUUACCACGCUACAGUAGCGUGGUACAAACCCAACCCAACGCAUCCGUCCAGUGACCGACUUAUACAGAGAAUCUACGAAAAUAAUUCCGUGUCCUUCCGACCGAGCGAUGAACCCAUCAUAAACACGGCAUUCUAUCCAAAGCGUAAGCUAUACAACAGCAGCGAAUCAAUCGUUCGGGAGCAUUUCGAAGAAAUUCAAAACUGCGGCAUCGGAACCGUCAUCCUCGGAUGGCACCCUACAUUCUCCGAAUAUCAACUGCGAAUGAUUUUUAAAGUGGCUCAUGUGAACGACUUGCAGGUGGCCAUCGAGAUCUUGGAAUAUCCGGAUAGAACGAUAGAAAGUAUACGAAGCAACAUCAAAUAUAUUCUUGAUACUUUCGGUAAAGGCCCAGCACCAACGGCCAUAAGCACGUUGAGCUACUUCAAUGUACUCUCGAAGAAACGUGAGUUGCCUCUGUUCUACAUUCAUAAAGCGUACCGUACUGCAGAUUCCGAGUGGAAGCGAUUACUGAGCAAAAACGGGAUACUGACGAUUCGAGAUACGAGCUACGAUGCGAUCGUGUUGGCACAUAUCGCAACUAAGGAUCACAAAUCGAUGGUUCGACGGGCUGGUUUCGAUGGGUUCUAUACAUAUCUACCGAGCAAUGGCGCCAAUUAUGCGUCCACGUGGAAAAACUGGAAUCAACUGAAAAGGUUUGCCGAUAGCUACCGGUUGCUGUUUGUGCCAACGAUUGGUCCUGGAUUCUACGACCGUAAAAAAUAUCAACGAAAUAUGAAUCAAAACCACGGCAUAACCAACAUCAAGCGCUACCGGUCUAACGGACAAUACUUUGAUGUUGGAUGGCGCACGGCGCUCAAGAACGGUCUGCAGAUGAUAACCAUCAAUAGCUACAAUAACUGGGUGGAAGGCACUCAGAUUGAGGCCGCGAUUCCAGUAUUUGGCUUCCGCGACUAUUUACCCGGAACGCCCGAAAAGUACCUUGAUUUAACACAGUCCUGGGUAGAAGAGUACAUCAAGUACAAACUGAACAACAUAAAACUGAACAAAAAGACCGAGUUGACGUUGAAUUGUUACGAUUUCAUCAAUGCCACUAUAUGUUAAUGCCAGUCCAAGCUUUUACCCUACCACUCUUGUGAAUGUUAGGAAAACUGUUGUUCAAACUAGUCCUCGCGAAUUCCUGACCCCUGUAGAUUAGUGAGAAGUUCUUCGAACAAAACCAACAAAACAUAAAAUUCAAUGCCAAAGUAUGCAAGCUAACUCUAGCAAAGUAGCAACACAUAGAGUGUAAAUAUAUUUUUCGAAACCUAUGUAGAAACCGUUCGGAUGUGGAGAGGUUUCUCUUUUUAAUUCGUGAUGGAGAAGUGGUGUUAUGGAUCGCUGUUGAUGUGCACCGCGCGUGCGAUACUAGAUUCUACUUGUGC